AUGGAGGUCGUUAAGAUGCUAACUCCGCAAAACAUGUUCUACAUUGUUGUUGCCAAAAAAUACACCGGUCAAGAAGGACAUGUUCUUGAGCCGAUGUAUGAUUGCUAUCAUCACUCCGUAGUGCAUUCGUCUCCGAAAUCCACUAUGCUCUCGUUGAUGUACAGAUCCUGCUUAGUGGAUGCACUAACGGAAGAUAUAAGCAACGCCUCGCUGGCCGGUUUGUAUUGUGACAUAACGAAUACCCAUUCCGGACUAGUUUUAGAA